AUGAACUUCCAAUCGCGCGUAUCCACAACCACCGUGCACGAACUUCACUUCGCCGUCAACUGCGUCCUGAACACCACCUCAGAAGCGGAGAUGCAACGCAGCAUGGAUCUGUUCUCCGCCGCCUGCGAGAACUUCGGUCUGAUAAUUAACACGCAGAAGACGGUGCUGAUGCACCAACCUCCGCCUAAAUCAGCCACAGUCCCCAACGCGCCGCACAUCAACGUGAGUGGGACUAAACUGCAAGUGGUAGAGAACUUCCCGUACCUGGGAUGUACCCGAUCUCGCAACACAAAGAUCGAUGACGAAGUUGGCAACAGAAUCUCGAAAGCCAGUCAAGCCUUCGGUCGCCUCCGAAGCACAGUCUGGAAUCGUCACGGUCUGCAACUGAGCACGAAGCUGAAGAUGUACAAGGCAGUAAUCCUGCCGACGCUACUGUACGGAGCGGAGACCUGGACGGUGUACACGAGGCAGGCACGUCGACUGAACCACUUCCACCUCAGUUGUCUUCGUCGCAUCCUGAGGCUGAACUGGCAGAUACGAAUCCCAGACACAGAAGUACUGGAACGAACGGGAAUGCUCAGCAUCUACGCCAUGCUGAGACAAAUGCAGCUGCGCUGGAGCGGCCACCUGGUGCGCAUGGACGACGAGCGACUACCCAAACGACUCUUCUACGGAGACGUCGCGACGGGCUCUCGUCGUCAAGGAGGCCAAAUUCGCCGUUACAAGGAUACCCUGAAGUCCUCCCUGAAGCGCCGGCAAAUCAACCAGACCAACUUGGAAGAGCUCGCUCGCGAUCGUCCGACAUGGAGGAGAACAGUGAAGACGGGCGCUGCUAUCUAUGAAGCCAACCGCAUCGCUGCCGAUAAAGUGAAACGUGAAGCCCGCAAAUCCAAACUUCGCCCAUUACGUAACGCUGCCGCACAACCGCUCCCUACGUGUCCUCAAUGUCAACGGACAUUCCGGGCACGAAUCGGAUUUGUUGGACAUCUUCGGAUCAACUGCACCUCUCGAACUGCUCCAGCCAUCGUCCCCCCGCCCGCCUCUUCCUCGUCCUCUCUGCCGCCAACUAACUCUGCCACUCAUUCUGCACCAUCACUUCCAUCCUCCUCCUUCUCCUCCACUGCCCCAGCGGCGGCCGUUCAGACUGCCGUCUCACACAUCACCAACCCCGACACAAUAACCGCCGCCACCCCCACAUCUCCCGAUUCCACUGAUGAGGAUCAGAACUACACCUGCCCUCACUGCGUCCGCAACUUCACCUCUCGCAUCGGCCUGGUCGGUCACUUGCGAAUCCAUCGCACAGAGACCGGCGAACCAGUGCCUGGAGCACCAACCUACACCCACCGCACUCGCCUCCACUGCCCAAACUGCCCUCGCACCUUCACGCAUCGCAUGGGUCUAUUCGGCCACAUGCGCAUCCACGAGAGCGAAACUGACCGCAGACUUGACACAUCCACCCGGCCGAGCCCCACUCCAAAUUCACCAACUUAUGCACCCACUAACCACUCCCCAACCGACAUCGACGCCACCGACCUUACCACCCCUCACUCCUCACCUUCCUCCUCCUCCUCUUCCUCCAUCUCUGCCACAACGACGGCCGCUUCGGCGUCUGUCGCCCACGCCCUCACCACAGCCGAACCUGACACAACAACGGGCACAACCCAUGCAACCUCCAUCAUCAGACGUGAGGGCCAGAUACUACAUCUGCCCUCACUGCGAUCGCACCUUCACUUCACGCAUCGGCCUGGUCGGUCACUUGCGAAUCCAUCGCACAGAGACCGGCGAACCAAUUCCUGGAGCACCAACCUACACCCACCGCACUCGCCUCAACUGCCCACACUACCCUCGCACCUUCACGCAUCGCAUCUGUCUAUUCGGACACAUGCGCAUUCACGAGAGCGGAAUUGACCACAAUUCCGAUACAGCCACGACAUCCAACACAUCCACCACGCACAGACCCAUCCUCGCUCCACCGUCACACGCGCCGAACACCACCACCAACACCACUGCUUCCUCUACAGCUGACACCGACAACGCCGACCUCUCAUGCCCAUAUUGUCCACGCCCCUUCACCUCACGCAUCGGCCUUACCGGUCACAUGCGAAUCCAUGGCACAGAGACUGGUGAACCAGUGCCCGGAGCACCAACCUACACCCACCAAGCCCGUCUCAACUACCCACACUGCCCUCGCAACUUCAGGCAUCUCACGGGCCUAUUCGGCCACAUGCGCAUCCACGACGACCUGCGGUAG